AUGGAUUCCGUCGGGCCGGAAUUGAACCAGCGACCUAUGGAUAACUUGCUGUUCACGAAGCCAACUUUCGUGAAUCGAAUCUACAGUCCACCGCUCUGCCAACUGAGCUACCGACGGGAUAUUUCCAUAGAUGUCGAAUUUGAGAGUUCCUCUGACAGUGGCUUAUCGGUUGAAUCUUUUCAAAUUUCGAGUGAACUUGCUGUGUUCUCUCAUCACGUCAGCGGCAUUUUUCUUCCACUGGGUAGUGUAGAGCUGGUUCCCAUUCAACUUCCGUGUUAUCCCAGCAGCAAAGACAAAUCUUCCCAUCAUCAAGUCAACCAAGUGCAAUUUAACCACCGUCUCAUCAAGUGGUCGUUGCCUCCGCCGUCCACGCCGCCAGUUCCUCUUCCAGGAUGGAAUGCGAUGCCCUAUGGUUUGGAGACAUUUUGGCAGAGCGCGUUUUGCUGGUUCUUUCGCCCGUUUGUAUCCGCACACGGACAUCUGUGGACAUUGGAACCCACAGAACUUCCUCCGCUAUCCGUCGAGUGGCCGUGGCAUUCAACUUCCUUCUCUGCCAAAGUUCGGUUCCAGUGCAAGUGCACUAGAGGAUGGACGUCGAUGAAGGGGCAGGUCUCAUUUUGGUUUCGCAUCCGUCGCCAAGGCGACCAGGUCCUGUGUGAAGCGUUAUUCAAAUUAUUUGGUCAAAAAUGUAGCAUCUGUAACCAGCCAGACUCGUUCAAUGAGUCUGAAUUUCUGACUCCACUUUGGUACCCCGAAGAAAUAGAAAAUGCCAUUAGGUUGCUGGCUAGCCACGUUUCCAUGUCCUAUUACGGUGAUCAAAGAAAUGCUCAAGAUAUCUACAAUAUCGUUCGUAUUCGACACAGUCAACCCAGAAAAAAAUCUCUGGCGGUUCAUCAUGAUCCCAUUCGCUGUCAAGCUUGUCUCUAUGGGUCUUGUGCAUCCAUCCCUUUGUCCAAUACUUGUAAAUGUUGA